AAGCUGCUUUUUCACAAGCAAGUAAGCGGUAGCGUUGAGCCAAGAUGGCGGCCUAUGAGAGGGUUGUUUCCUGUUGAAUUGAGAACAAGGGGGUGGGUCUAGAACUGCAUCACAGCUGAUCUGGAGGUUUUCCCCCCCUUAAGUUGUUUUUUUGCAGAGAGGAGCUUUGCAGAGAUUCACAGGGGGAUGUUUCUCUUCUUUUCUUUCUUCCUCCUGUCAUUUUUAACCUCGCGCUUUAUUAAACAACACCUUUUUUUUUCCUCCAACCUCGCAUCGGAUAUUAACCACACAUCAGUUUCGUUAUGCCACUUCUCUGCUUUUAUUGCACAUUUUCACCCGAAUAUGUUGGUUGUUUUGUCAGUCUUGGUGGAUCCAGCCCAGGUCUGACCCACUUUUAGUGUUUUUUGCCCUCUUACAGCCUCCAAUGUGUUAGUGCGAGAUGUUUUCAGCAGGAGAGGAGCUUAAUUCCCAUUUGUUUACCUCACUGAAGGAGUCCCAUGGAGCUGCUAUCUCUCCCACACUGGAGCUCAGUCUAACUACCGUCUACACCGUCCUCUACUCUUUCCUGUUUGUUUUCGUCUACCUGCAGCUCUGGCUCAUUUUGCAUUAUGGACACAAGCGCUUCAGCUACCAGAGCGUGUUUUUGUUCCUGUGUCUGCUGUGGGCAGCGCUGAGGACGACUCUCUUCUCUUUCUACUUUAAAAAUGUGGUGCAGGCCAACCAGCUGCAGCCUCUGGCCUACUGGCUGCUCUACUGCUGCCCUGUUUGCCUGCAGUUCUUCACACUAUGCCUGCUGAACCUCUACUUCACACAGGUGAUGUUCAAGGCUAAAGCAAAGUAUUCCCCAGAGCUCACCAAAUACAAGGUCCCUCUGCGUUUGUUCUUCCUCUGCCUCAGUGUUUUUUUCCUGGUGGUGAACUUAACGUGUGCGUUGUUAGUGCAAGGAGCUCUGGAGCGCUCCGAAUCACCGAGUGAUGGGGGUGUCAGACACGCAGUCCUGGCCCGGGUCUUGAUCAACGACAGUCUCUUUGUACUGUGUGCUGUGUCUCUGGCUGUCUGCAUCUUCAAGAUAGCAAAGAUGUCAUCUGCCAAUGUUUACCUAGAAUCAAAGGGUACAUCAGUGUGCCAAGCGACUGCUAUCGGAGCUGUGGUGAUCCUGCUGUACACAUCCAGAGCCUGUUACAACCUGGUGGUGGUGGCCAUGUCACCCCAGGACCGACCCAGUCCCUUCAACUACGGCUGGUACAGCGUUUCAGACCAGGCAGAUGUGCAGGAGAUCAGCGGUGAAGCGUACAUCAUCUUUGGGAUCAUUCUGUUCUUCUGGGAGCUGCUGCCCACUAGCUUAGUGGUGGUUUUCUUCAGAGUGCAAAGACCCAAUCAAAACCUGGCUCCAGGAGGGAUGAUCAACAGCCACAGUUUCAGCUCCAGAGCGUAUUUCUUUGACAAUCCUCGGCGGUAUGAUAGUGAUGAUGACCUGUCCAGAGGGAUUAAUAGCAGGAGUGAUCGAGCCAGUCUCCUCUCCACCACUCCUCAGCUGGGUACAUCAAGCUGGUACGGCUCCAUCCAACGCAACGGCGCUCUGACGGCUGGUAUAGCGUCCGGACAGCAGCCACCAUCCUCCACAGCUCCUCUCCUCUUCGCCUACGGGAACGUCCAGACUCACUCUCACCACCAUCACAACUACUACUCCACCCCGCAGAACAACAACUACCACCACCACCACCACAGUAACUUCUACUCCACGCCACAGAAUUAUUACUGCGGGUCGCAGACGUACUUCUGCACCCCACAAAACUAGUUAGCGACAGAGGAAGACUGAAUGACUAAAAACUUUAUGGCCACCAUCUUGCUUCCUCAGAUACAUCACAGCUGUGAGUAUCUGAGACGUUGCCUAGGACCACAUUCCGCAACAAAAUUGGUCCUGCAACUAUUUCCAGCAACAUAAAUGGUGGCGUUAGCAACUAGCUAGUUGCAGAUAUAUGACUAACCGCUCUUGUAUGACAUCCUCGUCCUUAAAUUGUGUGUUUGGACCAGAAUGAAAACAAAUGCGGGCUAACAACAAGAGUUUUAGCAAUGAAACUAAAACCGCUAAAAGUGCAGUGACCAAACUUUUCCUGUUUAUGUUUUGUUCCAGUUAGCGGUUAUAACUCCUAAAGCUGGAAUGAUGAUGAUAAACAUUGCUCUUAACGUCCUUUCUGCCAUUCCUUGUAAAUUCAAUCAAAUAAAAUACUGCUAAGACUGGAGUUAAGCUAGCUGGCCAAGUUAGCCGGCCAAUUAAGCUAACAUGGAUAAUUCCUACACCUGUAAGGUUCUGUAAGUCAACAGCUAUGGACGUAAACACCUAAUGUACACUCAGCGAACUACUAUGAGACUUUAAAAAUGUUUUAAGUGGGUACGCUUAUGAUGCAAUCAUUUAAAUUAGCUUGUUUAAGCUGGAGAGGGACAUCAACGGAUGCUGGGCUGCUAGCUUAAUUCUCCAACAUCAAAAAUAUGUUAUUUUGAUGUUGAAAACCAAAAGUUAUGCAUCUAGAAGGGAACAUGUAUGGUUUUGCACAUUGUAAGGUAUGUAUGUAUGACUGCAAGUGGUGAUUUCUACUUGAUACAGUGAAAGCUAGCUUACAGCCAGCACAAACAGUUAGCUUGAAAGCAGUUUGUUGAACCAUGACAUUAUCAAUGAAAAAAAAACAAACACAGACUAGCUUAUGUUAUUGAGUUUGUGGCACUUUAAGUGUUUUAAACAGUCCACAAAAAUACAAAGUUGUACCAACGCUGUUAGCUAGUUAGCUUUAGACAUUAGCCUGCCACACUUUACUGGAGUUUUACAUGCAAAAUAAGCUUUUUCCAACUUUCAUGACUAUCUUCAAAAAAAAAAAAAAAUACCGGUCAGUUUGUGUCACAAGUAUCCUCCAUGUUAACUGCUUACAAAAAAAAAUAUGUGAGAAUUCUAUGUAGCAGCCAUAUUGGUGUUGUUGUCCAACUCUAUAGCAAAAGCUCGGUCAAUACGUAUACCUGUACAAAAUGUAACAUAAAAAAAAAGCAUCAAUGAACACAAUGUCAAGAACUACUCAGGCUUUAAGAAGACAACAUGACACUGCUGAACCAGGAAGUAACAGCAGCCAAAUGGAGGUUUCCUAACCAAUAAGGGAGCUUCAUACUCGGCCAUUUAAGGGUUUAAAAACAUAUCAUAGAUUUCCAAGUGAUCAAAUUAACAGUAUACAAUCAUUAAUGAAGAAAGGAUUGUGCAUUAAAAAGGGGGAGCUGUGUCUGAAAUUUAUUUUUUGACCAAAAACUUUAUCGUAAUCGGAUCUUUUGCAACCUGUGAGGCAACAAUUUGCACUUGGAAGAUGUUCACCUUCAGAGAAAAGGCUUCUCCGGCCUGAAUGUAGGAUUUCAUCUCCUACUUGUUUUAUGUAUUCCUCCUGAAUAAUCGUCUAUAUUUUACUAUUUAUCCUUCGAGAGAGGAAACGAUGUGCCAUCACGUGUUGUCAUAUCUAAUUGUUUCAUUCCGUACGGAGAAUAUUUUUGCACAAGAAACGUUGAAAUGCUGUGUGUUUUGAUUGUGUGUUAAUCGAUUCCUAAUCCAUGUGUGUAACGUGACAUUUUGAGUCAGUAUGUGUGUGAUCUUAGAUUUUCGUUCGUGACGUUUUAAUAUGCUUUUAUACAUGUUUUUUACUUUGGAUUGUAUUGUUUAACAGAUUUUAUAUUUUAUUUUUUAUCUAUUUCCACUUCCUGUGGUCCUUCAUAAGCUCACACACCUUCUGAGUGUCAUGACAGACCCAGUUUGUAGGCCAAAAUCUGACUUUAACACACUUUAACUGUCAUGAUAUUCAGAUUGUAAAUUAACAUGUAAAGACUUCAGACAUAAAAAGAAGAAAAAGAAGUUUCACUUUUAAAAACAAGUCGUCAUUUUCGGUCCACCUAUCUCAGAAAACCCAACAUCUGCAGUGCAUGCUUCUGCAUCAGCGUGCAAGAACUGUGUCACACUUCCUUUCCAGGGUGAUAAUUAUUUCUGUACAAACCUUAUCAGCUCUAUCUGUGAUCAAAAUCAAAAAGCAGAGAUAAUUGUUUUACGUUAUGGAUUGUUUUAUUCGUGGCCAUACUGAAUGUAACCCUGUGCGACAGAUCACUAAUGAUGUAUGCAAGAAAAGCACUACCAUGUUCAAAUAAAGGCCUCCUGCACUGUUUUUGAAACCAA